AUGCUGCAACCCGUUCAAACCGAGCCAGAGCCUACACCUUUGUCCGAUAUCGACAACGAGUACUGUAAUGAGCGUUCGGAGAGGCGUACAGCAGCUCUACAUCAACUGAAGGCGGUUCUCAAAGAAAAGUUAGGCAGAGAGCAGGUGCCACCUCCAUUUUGGGCCUUCUGUCAGGUCUCGGACGUAUCCAGACUGCAAGAGAUGGUCUUCAUUGUGGAGCAGGCCCCCAACGCCAAAAUAGCGCAGCUAUGCCUGGAACCGACAAUUAAGGAUUGUGAUUCGGCUAUAGCCCGAUGGCUACAAAACCUAAGUGCGAUUAAUACUACAAGCUCCGGUACAGAUCGUUCAACAACGGCGAGCUUAAUGUUUGUUAAUCUUCAUAGAGCUAGAUUGGACUUUGCUAACGGAGCCAACAACGUCCGGGGUUUGUACAAGUAUGGGGGACGAGGUUUGCCAGUCCCUACAGGUACCUACAAGGAAGAUGGUGAACCGGAAUACAGGCCUAUCGCUUUAGGGGAUGUGUUUUCUCUGACCACAGAUGAUCCUGACAAACUUCCACUGCCCAGCUGGCCCCUCCUUGAAAUGCAGUGGCAUUUACAGAGGAUUGCAGGGAUGAGUGGGGCCGCCGAAGCAAGCGAGGACUUGGACCACAAUGUUGAUGAUGAUGAUGAUGAUGAUAAUGAUGCAAAAGAGAUAACCAUACAUGAUCGUGACGCCACUGUACGGAGUGUUAGAGCCAUUUCUGAGUGGCUACGGCUUCUACCAGAAAAAGAGCAAUCUACAUCCCACCCACGCCUGUCAAUCCCCGUGUAGGAGCCCGGUUAGCUCCCGAAUAGUGACCAAGAGAGAGAAGGCCAAGCGGGUGCUGGCCGGAGGUUAUGGCUCAUUACGCUGUAGAGCUAGCAAAUGGAGGAGGGCGAAUUUCGAGAGAAGGUUGCCACGACGGAUAUAGGAAGAAUUGCUCCGGGUGGGAAAAUAGAAUUCAUUCAUAUUGUCAGUUGAUGUCCCGUUUCCCGCCACGGCGCCACGGCGCCACUGCAUUUGCAUUUGGAGUUUACGGACUUAGACCGUCUAUUGCUUUCAAAUCAAAGAAUCUCUCCUUAGGAGUCUCCAUCCGGCCUCCGUGAGGCCGUGUAGUUGUGUGCGUGCCUUGUGUCAGUCGAAUGCUGCUGUGCAAUAAUACCUUUUUUUUUUUUUUUUUUUUUUUUUUUUUUUUUUUUUUUUUUUUCCAGCGCACCGCAUACGAGCAACGCCCCCUAGAUUUCUCUUCCGGCGGAAAAAUAUCGACAUUGCAGCUCUAUCAGUUAUUACUGUUGGUUAUUUCGCUAGGCGAGUCCACCUGUAUGACGGCGAAUUGCGGGCGCCAGAGCCAGUCUGACCCUGCAAGCUGAACGGAUUAUUUGCUCAGAAUGGCUUGGCAACAACCUAACUGUUCCUGUCGUUCGACUGGGUUUUUUAUCCCUUGUGUGUUCGGGAAAGGAACAAAAAACCAGGAGGCCAGCGGCGAAAAGGGUUGUAUUGAACUAGGAACGAUCCUUUCUCUUUAAAAAAUAAAAUAACCGUGGGGAAGAGGUUGAACCUCGGUCUUUUUUUGCUGCCAAAUUGGGCUCUAUAUUUUGCCGUAAUAAAUUCAGCUGCGGGAGGACAUGCAUUGGAAAUUCGCCUUGAGACAGCACUGUAAGGACUAGGAAUGCACUGAUGAAUACCGCACUAUUUUAAUAAUAAUAAGCCUAACAAUGUAGAAGCAGGAAGUCUGUAGGGCACUUAUUAAGGUGAUUAGGGGCGUUGCACUCAUUCAUUAGGGCUUUGAACAGGGUCUGGCGCGUCGCCGCCUGCUCAUAUCUGAUGAUGACGUCAUUUGAGUUCCCCAGACUUCAUCGAUACAUUCCAUAUUCGAUACUGAGAUACUUACAAUGGAAGACCGAUAGCUACCGCAUCUCUCAAAGAUAUGGAUCCAGACUGAUACUAACCUAUUGAUGAUUCUCUCCUCGCGUCCCCCUUUCCCACAGCUUUAUGCGACUGAGCUUCUAGAGGCCUCCGGUUAUCAGCUUUGCAUCGUCAGGCUGGCAGUUUCAACCAAGAUGUUUAAUGGGGGUGGGGUGAGGUGAGGUCAUUUGUAGGGCAGAAAGCCUGGUGUAUUGUUUAUAAUCGCUAGAUACACGAUUUAGUUACAGAUGGGUGAUAGGAGUGUCUUGCUCAGAGGCUGGAUUCCAUCCAUGUGAAUCCCUUCGAUGAGGCUUCAACCAAUAUCCCGCUACCACCCUAUCAUUUCCACGAGGCUCAUUUCGUCUCCAUCAGCCAGAGACUAUAAGGCUAUGGGAGAAAUCCCCGAGCCAAUGCCAGCGGUCAAAUUGUCUUUAUAACCCUUCCCUUUCUCGUAGCUACUCUUCGUAGAUGAUGAAAGAAGAGGAAGUGAUGAGUGAUGAGAGGACAGACACUGAACAGGUUCUUAGAUGGUAGGUACUUGUAAGAUUAGGACGCCAAUCGCUCACUGGAGAUAUUAUAUCAUCAAUGUCAUCCCCCGAUUAUAGU